AUGAAGACGAACAUGCCCCUUAGUCGUAUACCGUUUCAAGGCCCUUCCCGGAAGUUGAUCCUUGGUUUUGACCUUGGGACGACUUUUAGCGGUGUUUCGUACAGCGUUUUGGAACCAGGCCUGACCCCCGAAGUGAGGGCUGUCACAAGGUAUCCCGAUCAAGAACACACCGGGGGCGACGCGAAAGUGCCCACCCUCGUAUAUUAUGAUCAGAUUGGUAAGACGAAGGCAAUUGGGGCUACAGUCUUGGACCCAAACAUCAGGGAGGAGGCCAAGAGGUGCGGUUGGAUCCUUUGCGAAAGAUUUAAGUUGCAUUUAAUGCCGCAAGGUACUUUGACCCCGAACGAAAAUGGCGAUGAUCUAGCGUGCCCCUUACCUACAGGCAAGGAGGUCGAAGAUGUUGUUGCCGAUUUUUAUCGGUUCCUUUUCGAAUGUUCCAAGCAGUAUAUCACGGAAACAGUCCCCGAUCAGUCUUUUUGGUCCUCUGUGGAAAGCGACGUGAUUUUUGUUCUCUCUCAUCCCAACGGAUGGGAGGGACGACAGCAGAACUGCUUACACACGGCGGCAGUCAAGGCUGGACUUAUUCCCGACACACCCUCAGGAAAUGACCGUCUACAUCUCGUCACUGAAGGAGAGGCAUGCUUCCAUUUUUGUGUGAACGACGUCCUUUCGAAAAUCGUUAUUCCGAAUGUCGAUUGCGUAAUCAUCGUAGAUGCUGGAGGAGGCACUGUUGACAUUAGCACCUAUGUCACCCCCGAUGGAAGUACUGUAUCCGAAACCAAGGAUAUAGAGGAAGUGACGACCCCUCAAUCCAUAUGUGCAGGAUCAAUCACUGUUACCGCCCGUGCCAAGUGUUUUUCACAAAAACAAUUUCAAGCUGAAACUCAAUAUCAAAUCGACCGUAUCGUCGACCAGUUUGACAAAAAUACUAAACUACGGUUUACAGCUGCAGAUCGUUCACUUUAUCUACAGAUAGCAAGUUUUUCAGGUGCUGAUCAUCCAGAUCUAGGUAUCAGAAAUGGACAAAUGAAACUGGAAGGUUAUGAGGUGGAAAAGUUUUUUAUCCCCUCCUUGAAGGCCAUCGAGGGGGCCUUGCGUAAACAAAUGAAGGACGCCAAGAUGCAAAAACAUGUAGUGAAGGCUGUCUUUCUUGUGGGCGGUUUCGCUGCAAAUGAGUGGCUUUACUCCAAACUCACCGAGUCGCUAAAGUCUCUCAAUCCGGCUAUUGCACUUUGUCGACCUCAGAGUAGCGCAAACAAGGCAACAGCGGAUGGUGCAAUCUCUUCCUAUCUUGACGACCUCGUUUCUCUACGAGUGGCAAAAUCUACAUACGGGACCAUUUGUGACAUCGAAUACGACAAAGGCAACCCUGAACACGUUGCUAGGGCUGAUAGAGUUGUUCGACGUUACAAUGGUAAAAAUUAUCUCUCCGAUCGUUUCGAUAUUAUCCUCCUCAAGGGCACAAAAGUCCACAAAACCGAGCCGUACAAAACAACCCUCCUCGACGACAGUCUGAAAAAAGAUGAACUCAACUCCACAAAUGCGAAGAUUGUCGCGUACCGCGGAGACUUGGUACCCGUGCCUCGAUUCAUUGAUGAAGACCCCGAUCACUUUGAGGACGUUUGCGAAGUUGAAGCAGAUACCACUAAACUGGCCAAAUCACUCAAGGCUCGUAUAACCCGCGGACAGAAGCGCUUCGAGCUCACAUACAAUGUUGAACUAUCCUUUGGAUUAACUGAACUUGCAGCUCAGAUAUCGUGGGUAGAAAACCGGAAGAAAAAGCGGUAA